GUCGCAUCCUAGAGCCCUCAAAGCUCUUCGUUGGGCAUCUACCCUCGAUUUCUUCCGACCCUCAUCUUUUCUCUUUAUUCUCUUGGAUGCCAAUCUCUUUCUUUUUGAUUUAUCCUCUUUCUACGGUGACUAAUCUUCUUUCAGGCACUUUAUGGGGUCAAGGUGGAGGUUGAAGCGCCUUCAAAGUUUUACAGCAUAGAAAGGAAGCAGUACAAUGAAAAAUCCACACUCUCCACUCAACUUCCUUUCCUUCCCCUUUCUUUUCUCCUCCUUCCUGUUUCUUGUUGUAGUGUUCAAGGCAGCCAAAUCCAGAGCAAGGAAGCUGCCUCCAAGCCCACGGAAGCUCCCCAUCAUAGGCCACCUGCACCACUUGCGUGGAAAUGUCCAUCACCGGGCCCUCAGAGACCUCUCCCGGCGACAUGGCCCUGUCAUGUAUCUCAAGCUCGGACAAGUUGACCAUGUAGUCAUCUCCUCUCCGGAGGCCGCGAGAGAGAUCAUGCAGACCCAUGAUCUCAUCUUCGCCACCCGGCCCAGACUACUGAUCCCCGAGAUGCUCCACCAUUGCACCGACAUCGCCUUCGCUCCCUACGGUAACUACUGGCGGCAGCUGCGAAAGAUAUGCAUCGUCGAGCUACUAAGCGCAAAGCGUGUCAAGGCCUUUGCCACGCCUCAACAAGAAGAGAUUUCGAACCUCGUGGGGAAUAUCUCCAUGCUGAACAAAUCUCCUGUUAACCUCUCCGAGAAGCUUUCCUUACUAACCAAUGGUGUGAUCUCAAGAGUCGCAUGUGGCAGGACAUGCAAGCAUGGGCAGAGGAUUAUCUCGGCGUGCAAGAAACUGACGGCGUUGGCCUCUGGAUUUUGUGUGGCUGAUCUGUUCCCCUCGUUUGGCUUUAUCGACACUCUCAGCGGACUGAGAUCCGCGUCAGCGAACGCUCGACGUGAGUUGGAUGAGAUCCUUGAGGACAUAAUCAAGGAGCACCAAGAGAAGAGAGCCGCCACAAAUAGCAACAAAGGGGAUGAUCAACGAGAGGAAGAUCUUGUCGACGUUCUUCUGGGACUGAAGGAAAAUGGUGGACUUGAGUUCCCUCUCACACACACCAACAUCAAGGCCGUAAUCAUGGAUAUGUUCUUCGCAGGGACCGACACAUCGUCGGAAACGAUGGUAUGGGCGAUGGCAGAGCUAAUGAAGCAGCCCGAGGUGAUGGAGAAGGCUCAAGCGGAGGUGCGGCGAGUCCUGAAGGGAAAGGCCAAGAUUGAGGAGGGAGACAUGAGUGAAUUCCACUACAUGAAGCUGGUGAUCAAGGAGACUCUGAGGUUGCACCCGCCAGUUCCGCUGCUGCUGCCGAGGGUCUGCACCAAGAGUUGCCAAGUGGAUGGCUACGAUAUUCCUGUCGGAAGCCGGGUUAUGAUCAAUGCUUGGGCUAUAGGAAGGGAUCCAAGGUACUGGGAGGACCCAGAAAGCUUCAAACCAGAGAGGUUCGAAGGCAGCUCGGUUGACUUCGUGGGUGGCAGCUUUGAGCUCGUGCCUUUCGGUGGGGGAAGAAGGAUUUGCCCUGGGAUGAACUUUGGAUUGGCCGAGAUGGAGCUGUUCCUAUCCCACCUACUGUACUAUUUUGAUUGGAAGCUUCCCAAUGGAAUGGGGCCCGAUGAUGUCGAAAUGACCGAGACAUUUGGGUCAACCGUGGGCCGGAAAUCCCCCUUGUGCUUAAUUGCUACUCCUUACGUACCGAUCUGAUGUCAGUUGAUUGGAUUUUACUACUCCUUUGUGCUUUCCAAUCAUAAUAUUGUAGUUAGUAUAUAACGCAUUUAAUGUUGGGAUGAAUCAUGUAUCCUCAAGGUUUGAAACUAUGAAUAAAGAUGGCCGAAGAUAGCAAGCAAGGUACGACUGUUACUCUGAACCAUCACCCUCUUCAUACUUGGGAUGAAUACAAUCAUGGAUCAAUCAACCCUUCUUUACUA